AUGAAGGACCUUGAAAAUGAGGAAGAGAUAUUACCACCAAUCAGUACAGUGGAACUCUUGAAUCUCGUGGCUGAGUACUCUGAACCUUUACCCCGAAAUCAACCAUCCACGCCUCAAUCUCAAAGAGACGAUGAAGAGACUGGAACGGCCAUUAACGAUGCUGAAUUCUCCAAUCAUACAUCAUCAAGUGAUAAUGAUUUCGAACCUUUUAAUGAUGAUGGGUGGAAUGGAGACUGGCAUGCUCCCCCUCUUGAAGAGAUUGUCUUCGACGCUACCGUCCUCCGCCACAUCAAUUCAAUUCUUCCCAAAAUCCAUACCCCUACUUGGAUUAAACGACCAAUCCCCGUCUUAGGGAAAGCUUCCUUCGGAAAAUUGAAAGCUGACGAAUGGAGGAGCUUGUUGACUUUGCAACUUCCGCUCAUUCUUAUUCCAAUGUGGUCUCGCCAAGACCAUAUAAAAAGAUCCCUACUAAGGAACUUCAUUCACUUAGUUUCACUCAUCAAUAUUGGUCUCAAGCGUGUCAUGGACUCAUUUCAAAUCAAACGCUACCGCCACCACAUUCAAAAAUACCUAGAAAGCUCUGUAUUAAUCUUUCAACAUUGCAAACUCGCUCCAAAUCAUCAUAUGGCUAUUCACCUCGCUGAUUGCCUAGAACGAUUUGGACCGGUGCGUGCGUGGUGGUCGUUUCCUUUCGAGCGUCUGAUGGGAAAGAUCCUCAAAGCAGGCCAUAAUAACCAUAUCACCGAGCUCGAAAUUACUUUUCUCAAACAAUUUUGUCGGGCAUCUAAUCUAUCAGCUCUAAUUGAAGAUGACAAGUUACCAGAAGCCCUUGAGCAGUAUAGUGUGCGCCUUCAAGCAUUAUACAAACAACCUGCGCCCCGAGCAAAUCGUCCAUCACACUCUAAGAUGUCGCCUCUAUCAGAUGUUGUCCUUGAUCUUUUAGUCGCAUACUUGAAUGAUACAGAAGGCGAAAGAUGUAUCUGGAUUCGCCCCGACAAGUGGGCCUCACUGAGCAAAAGCGAUUCACUUGCAUACGCCCCGGUACCGGCUCAAGGACAGUUCUACAAGCGCAUCAACUACAAUGAUGGAUUUGUCUCGACGUUCACCGAUAAUCCGGACAACUCUUGCAUCUAUUUCAAAAAUACAGACGGUAGAGAUUCCUUUGGCCGAGUGUUCUCAAUAUUUUCUCAUCUUAGAGCUGCAGUAAAAUCCGAGAGCAUCAGUGAUGUUUGGUUACACUGUGCUCUGAGAAUGUGGAGUCCCACUGAGAACAAAGUCAUCAAGCUAAAAGAAGUGAUUGCGCAAUGUACAUGGAUCAUGUACAAAGCAGGGGAAAUGAACAAGGAUGUAGAGGUACCUACAAUCGGUAUGAUUAUCCUCAAGCGCUGA